ACUUUGUUUCUCAUGAUCUACCUAUAAGUUUCCACGUUCCAUUUUGUUUGUACAUUCUUCAAACUUUUGGCCACAGGGCAUUCUCCCCCCCACCCCCUGCCAAUCAGCCAUGCAGGUGUAGGAGCUCGUUAGGGUUUGCAGGCACCCUCUUCAUCAAGCAAAAAACAGUCUCUCCGGGAACGGUUGAGUUUAUUUGAGGACGCGCCGGAAGUCGACGUUUAAAGUUUGUUUUUUCCAGCUUCAUUUCGGUUGAUAAUUGAGGAUUAAACCCAAACUAAUGCUGAUUAAUGUUGCUUGGGACGCCCUGUAACUUUUAUCGGCUACGUUUUUGGAGUUCCUAAGACCAACUGCGGCCGUGUGGGCUGCUUGCUGAAACAUGGAGGAGUUGUACACCUUGGACAGGGAGGUGGGCAGGGGCAGCUAUGGCGUUGUGUUUGAGGGCCACAUGGCCAAAACGGGACACAAGGUGGCUAUUAAACGGCUGCCCUGCAGCAACCCAGAAUGCAUUGAGCUCUACCUGCAGGAGCUGUGGGCCAUGAGAGCCACCGCCAAGAACCACGUCAACGUUAUCGCUCUGCACAGCUGCCUCCUUCAGACCGGAUCCAGGAGCCUGAAGCCCCUCAAACCUGGAAAACUCCCCCUGCGGCUUGUGGAGACCGUGCUCAAGGGGAGUGUGGUGAACCCGCAGAAAGGUCGAAGAAGCAAGAGCUUGUCGAACACCCCAAGGAGGACGAACUCUGCUUCCAGACUUCGAGACAAGACUAACACGGUGCUAGGUAGAACCAAAUCUGAGGAGGGGAGGAAAUCGACUGGUUCUGAUUCCUUGACCCCGCAGCGACCUCCAAGCCGAGCCAUGAAGAGGUCAGCCCAGAGGGAGUUGGAGGAGGAGCAGGAGGAGGAAGUGGAGCAGGCUGGAUCUCUGCGCUGCCUGGCCCUGUGGCUGGUCAUGGAGUACUGUGAUGGAGGAGACCUGAACCAGUACCUGCUCUCUAGACCCCCGGACGCUGACCGCAACCACAGCGUGGUGCUGCAGCUCUGCAGCGCCGUGGCCUUCCUCCACGCCUUGGGCAUCACCCACCGAGACCUGAAGCCGGACAACGUCCUGGUCUGCGUGACGCCCAAAGGCCCCGUUAUCAAGGUGGCGGAUUUUGGCCUGAGCAAGAUGAGCGGCGCCGUGGCGAACGGCGAGCGGUGCCGGCAGCACUUCUCGUCCACGUGCGGCUCCGACUUCUACAUGGCACCCGAGGUGUGGGGCGGGCUGAGCUACACGGCCCAGGCGGACAUCUUCUCCCUGGGUGUGAUGUUCUGGGCCGUCCUGGAGAGGAUCACCUUCGUGGAGGAGGGAACGACGCAGGAGCAGCUGGGUGCCUACGUGUCUAAGGGCCGGUGGCUGAUGCCCCUGGGUGAGGCUCUGUGGGAGAACGCCGACCUCCAGCUGUGCAUCCCUAUGAAGUCUAAGAGGGCGCCGCCGCCACCCGGCCCAGCCAUGUGUGCCCUGCUUUUGGACAUGCUGGCCUUGAACCCGGACGCUCGGCCCUCGGCGGCCCAGCUGGAGGCCAGGGUGCGCUCCGCUUUGAGAGACGACGGACCCUAGAGACCGGAACGGCUGGGCGAAAACCAGAUGUGGCGCCAUUCAGACUGCAGCUGUUCCUGUACCGCCCGAACCAGAACUUUUGAGGGCUAUGCUAAGGGAACGCGAUACUAAAACACUCAGUGGUAUGUCGGUCCUCUGCUUCAUUUAAGGUCUUUAUGAGUUUUGAUGUUGGGUGACGAUAAAAACAAAUGUUUCACCUAAUAUAUAAAAAAAAUUAAAAACAAAUAGCUGAAAUUUAAGAAAAAAAUGUUUUUGUUGUCAUAUUCCCAUUGCACUUCAAUGUAGCAUUCCUUGUUAAAUAUGCUAAUGAAAUUAGUAUUUUUGACUUGUAAAAGGGUAUAUAUGUAAAUAAGCUGGGCAUGUUUUGCUGGUUAUUUUUCUUUAGUUUUAAAAGGUAAGAAAAGUUAGAGACUAGAGAAGCACCGGUGUAAACCCGACAACUUUUUAAAUAAUAAUUUGUUUUUUAAAAACUUUCUUCCUUCACUGCCUCUGUUGAACCAGAAGUGCAACACUACUACAAAUAAAUCUGUGAUUAAAUAAAUGCAUAUUUGUGCUACAAUUUAGAAUAAAACAAUAGCGGCGCAUGUCACUCUGUUUCAGGUAAAUGUCGCCCGUCAGCACAGCAGCUGAACUGCAGACCAAUCAGUUGGUCGCCUCAUUUCAAAUAAACGUUCAAAAUAAAUUUGACAUAUUUAAGAUGAUUAAUUCAUCUGAUGAACCUGUUCAACUUGAAAUUUAAAAUAGUCACAUAUGAUAUACUUAAAAAUAUACUAGAUUGUGGCACAUCUGGUCUUCCGUAGGCAGGUGAAACAGUUACAUUUUUGUAACUUUUUUUCUCUCCCAUAUUUAAAAAAACAAACAAAAAAGAACAACAUGCAUCACAUUCUGAACUACCACCAUUUCUGCUGUCUUAAGAGAUUUGAAGUAAUUUUAAUAGUAAUAAAAAAAAAUACAAUUUGAAGCUCUUGAUCAUUUUUUUUUGUUAUACAAAAGUUAAAUUGUUAUACUCCAAAGCCUGACUGAUGCGUCCCUAUUUAAUAAAAAAAAAAUAAAAAUUUUUAAGGUGUUUACAGAAUAAAUGGCCAGAUACAUAUUUAAGCGUUUUGCCUUUUUAAAAUAUUUCUUGAGUGUUUUUAACGCGUUUGUCUGAUAAGGUUUUUAAAAAAAAGAAAAAAAAAAGUGGUCUCCUUCUUGUACAGUGCGAGUAAUUUUGUGUAUGUGAUUAAAAAGUCAAAGAGCAAGUAGCAUGAGGCUCGGUGAUGUCACUGAUAUACUGUCCUGCUGCAAACAGGAAAUUAAAACCCGGGUCCAGGAUUGGUCCUGAUCCGAUCGGCCCGACACCCACAGCAUUUAUUACGGGUCAUCAGUCUCAGUCCUUCAGUGUAAAACCUUUAUUGUCUUUCUUCAAAGCCUGAAACGACUUGUGCUUUUAAAUGCAAUGUAAUUUAAAUAAAGAUUAAUAUUAUUA